AUGACUAAGUUACCUGAUUCAGGUUCUAACCUAAAUGACUAUAAUAACCCCAAGUCCAUCGAGCUGUUGUUCAUCAAAUUCGAGGCUGGAAAAACAUACAUGAUCACUGAGAAUGAUUUUGGUACAAAAUCAAGAGACUUAUUCGCCUGCCGACCGACCUUCACCGGCAGCCCAAAAUUCUGGUACACCCUUAUCUCCCCUUCAACACUCGCCGCCACUAUCACCAUCCCCCACGCCGUCGCCUGCACCGCCUGCCCCCCGUGUGCUCCACCGCCUCCGCCGCCGCCGCCCAACGACCUCGACGAUUCCGAUUCCCCAUACCCGAUCGAGCUCGAUGACUCCGACCCGAACGACUCGCUGACCCCUAUCCCCGGGUCAAUCCGGGCCGACCGGCCCGCCUCUUCCUCCUCGUUGCUCUUCCUGGGCAGCGGCGGUAGGAGCCGCCGGCUGCUACCCUUUCCUCCGCCGUCAUCGUCGUUUUGUGGUGGGGCCCUCCUGGAGUGGUGGCGCUUGGAUCUGAUCUCAACUGUCGGGGGCUCGCCAGGGGACGGCGGUCGUGACAUCCUUGCAGGGGAAGUGCUCGUGGGCCAUGACCGUGACCUUGGCCGGCCGCCGCUUGCCGGAGGCCGGAGUCUUGGACUCCUCCACUUUCCAUAUGUAGACCUGCGAGUCUUCGCUGGCACUGACAAUGUGCUUCCCGUCCGGAGUGAACGAGGCCGCCAUCUGGCUGCUCGUAUUUCGAAAUCCUAG